AUGGGUAAACUAGAUUUAAAACAACUAAGUACUGCAACCCAUUUAAUUGGAAUGGGGGCUCGAGUUGACGUCAUCAAUUCGUGGUUGAAUAAUGAUCAAUAUAGUGCUAUAGCAAUUUAUGGCAUGGGAGGCAGUGGCAAGACAACACUCGCCCAACACAUUUACAACUUAAACAAACACGAUUUUCAAAGUAGUAGUUUCAUCCAAGAGAUUGGAAAACAUUCUAAUGGGUUGCUUAGGCUGCAAAAGCAACUUCUCAAAGAUGUUUUAGGUGGAAAGAAAAUAAGAAUAUCUAGUGUUUCCGAGGGGGCACAUAAGAUCAAAGAGGUCCUACAAAUGAAAAGGGUGCUUGUCGUACUUGAUGACAUUGAUAAACACGACCAGUUAUGUGCUUUACUUGGAACAAAGACAUUCCUUACACAGAGCAAAAUCAUAAUAACAACAAGGCUUAAAGGUAUAAAUGCCUGGUUUGAGUCGAUAUCUUGGAGGUGUUGGGUGCAUUUGGAUCCAAAAUUCCUAUGGAAGGUUUCAAGGAUCUUGCAGUACAACUAG